CUACUCUCACCCUUAUCUCUCUCAGACUAGACCAAUUCAAUCUCUCUCUCUCUCCGCCCAAUACCUCGCACAGGUCACGCCGACGUCGGUUAACCCAAUCCAAACCCUACACUCCGACACAACCACCAUGGACAAAUUGAAGCUGGCCUCGUCCUCGCUGGGCGAGCGGCUCAAAACCGGGUCCGCCCAGAUGACCCGGCUUGUCAGCACCAAGAUGAGAUCUAUCCUCCAGCCCCCCACGCCGGAGUCCAGGAUGGUCGACGACGCGACGUCGGACCACCUGGAGGAGCCCGACUGGGGGAUGAACCUCCGCAUAUGCGCCAUGAUCAACGCCGAGGAGUUCAGCGGGGCCGAGGUCGUGAGGGCGGUGAAGCGGAAGCUAUCGGGGAAGAGUGACAAGGGGCGGAGGCUGGGGCUGGAUCUGCUGGAGGCGUGCACGUCCAACUGCGAGAAGGUGUUCUCGGAGGUGGCGUCGGAGAAGGUGUUGGACGAGAUGGUGAGGGUGAUUGAGGAUCCGAGGUGCGAUGGGGAGACUAGGGUGAAGGCGCUGGAGUUGGUUAGGGCAUGGGGGGAGUCCGAGGAUCUCAAGUAUUUGCCCGUGUUUCAUCAGACUUAUAUGAACUUGAAGACUAGAGAGAUACCGCAGUCAGCAGGGGAUGGGAAUCGGGCCCCCAUGCAGUAUUCCUUAGAAUCAUAUAUUGAUGAACAGCCCAUGUCACCUCCUGAAAGAUACCCUGUUCCUGAUUCGGGUUUGCACGGUGCAGAUAAUGCUACUUUUCCAUAUGGUUAUGGCAUCCAGUCCAUUGAGGAGAAGAAAGAGAUCCUAGAAAUCACUCGUAACAGCCUUGAAAUUCUUUCUAGCAUUUUAAAUUCCGGAUCAGAACCAAAACCCAUCAAGGAUGAUCUAACAGUUAGCAUGUUCGAGAAGUGCAAGCAGUCGCUACCUAUUGUCCAAAGGGUUGCAGAGACCACCACUGAUGAUGAAGUUAUGCUCUUUGAGGCUCUGCAUCUUAAUGAAGAGCUGCAACAAAUCAUUUUCAAGUAUGAGGAAAUGGAAGCUGCUCUAUCAUCUGCAAGUGCGCCACCAGAAAAUCCUCAUAGUGCAGAAUCAGACUUGCCCAUCCUCGAGACUCCUCAUAGUGCAGAAUCAGACUUGCCCAUCCUCGCGACUCCUCAUAGUGCAGAAUUAGACUUGCCCGUCCUCGAGACUCGAAGAGAAACAGAAAUGGCAGAUUCCCCAAGUGAGGAGAAACAAUCGAGCAGUGGAACCCAAAAGCUUGAUUUCCAAAAGAAAGAACAUGGCACCUAGUCCACUAUGACUCGAGACAGUGAAUUAAAGUAGUUUUUCCGUGUAUUUAUUUUUCUUUCUUUUCCGUCUGCGGGAAUACUAUCGUUAGGCAUUAGGCGCUUCCCGUUGUCCAGCUAUGUGUAAUUAGUUUCGUUUAGUUUUACUUAGAUGUAGUUGGUAUCUAUGUUUCUGUGGAAACACUGACCAUUUUGUAUGAUCGGGUUGAGUUUCUUCGUGUC